UAAUUGGAAAUUUCACUCGGAUAAAAAUAAGAUAAUUUAGAGAUUAAAUCAAACUCAAGGACGGCCAGAAAAAAUGGUCAAAACUCAAGGGCUCUCCUAAAAACACAGAAAUCAUGAGAAAACGUGUUUGAUUAUGAGCUCACCGCUGGCAGGAUUAAAUAUUGCUUCAACUACCGCAGAAACUGAUUCAGAUGUGCAUUCGGAUCUUUGUAUUCCAACUGCUACAGGCUUAGCCAGAAGCUUAACCCCCUGCUUCCAAUAUCUGUGAUCUGCAGUAAUGGCAGAUGAAAUAAGGACCAGGGUUUGCACUCGCAUAGAGGAGAAGCUGCAAGCACUUUCUUCAACAUUUUCGGAGCAUACCAUUUUUAGAGUGCCUCGCCUACUAUAUGAGGUGAAUGAAAAAGCCUAUGAACCAGAAAUCAUCUCAAUUGGUCCUUAUCAUCGUGGCAAAAAUCACUUGAAGAUGAUGGAAGUGCACAAGGUUCGGUUCUUAGGAAUGCUUCUUGGCCGAACAAAUGGGCAUACUGCCGAACUAUAUGUAGCAGCACUGAGAGGUAUGGUUGAAAUAGCCCGUAACUGUUAUUCAGAACCUUCAAGUAUUAGCACAGAAGACUUCCUAGAAAUGUUGGUGCUUGAUGGAUGCUUUAUUGUUGAGUUUAGUCACCAAUUACUUGAUGGUAACAUGGAUGAGUAUGUCUUUAGAUUGGAGUCAACUUUCUCCAGGAUUUUGCAUGAUUUGAUUCUAUUUGAAAACCAACUUCCUUUCUUUGUGCUUUGGGAGUUGUUUGGUAUAAUGUGGGGAAAUGAGAGAAACUUUUAUGUUACGGACCUUCUGGAACUAUUCAGUGACAGGAUGCCGGGACUAAGAGUUGAUGUUGUCUAUGACAAUACUUCAAUUCAAAAUGUCAAGCAUUUACUAGACUUGGUACAUGGGAAUUGGCUUCCUUCAAGAGAAGUAAUGGAGGAUUACUCGCGAGCACCAAAAGAUGGCAAUUGCUCAUUUAUACGUUCUGCUACAGAGCUUAAAGAGGCUGGAAUUCGGUUCAAGAAGGGGAAAGAUGUGGAGUUACUUCGUGACUGUGGAAUAAUUGAAAAUUGGUUAGGCAAUGAUGAGGCUGUUGCGACCUUGUUUAAUAGGCUCGGAGAUAAUGUCAGCCUCUCCAUCGAAUUCUAUGCCCGGAUAUGUAAUGAUGUCAAUGAGUAUUACGAUGCACCUUGGAACAAAAGGAUGGCAAACUUAAGGCACAACUAUUUCAACAGUCCAUGGGCGCUCAUCUCCUUUCUUGCUGCAGCUUUCUUGCUUCUACUUACCCUGCUUCAAACUACAUUUACCAUUUUUCCUAGAUAGUAAUCUUUGAUGUGGAGCUAGUGAUGACAAAAUUUGUCAUUUGUUUAAAAGUUAAGAUAAACUUCUAUGCAACUUUUAUAUGUAUUACUUAUAUAAAAACUUGAUCAUUUCAACUCUUAUUUAUAAAUAGUUGAGAUUUUG